AUGGGGACACCAUCGACCAGCACGACGACCCGAACCCGGUUGUCCCAUGCGCCGUCAAGCCACUACCCCGUUCGUCUCUUGACGCCGGCGUGUUUCAACCAGUUGGCUACGUCAACAUCCCAUUCAUGGCACCCAUACCAACCCCCGUGGCCGAUCCAUUUGAUUCCCCUGCGCCAGCUGCGACAACCAACUGGCACCACCAUCCUGCCUCCUGUACCCGAUGACGAUGACAUGGGACAAGGCGACGAGCACGGCUUCGUGUACAACGCGCCGGCGCUCCCUGACCCUCCCUCGUUCAACAGCUCGACCAAGUCGGAGUGGCGGACAUUCAUCCGCCAGUACAACUAA